AUGGCAAUUAAUCAAUGUACCUCUUGUGGUCGCACUCUCCAGCAUUGCCAAUGUCGCCGUCAAGCACGCACCAUACGACCAUAUCAUCCGCGGCCCUUCGAGAUUACUCCACUUUGUUACUGCUCUUGCUACUCAUGUUGGACUAUUGUAUUCGUCUUUGUCUUUCUCUUUUUGACAGGAAAAAUAUUCGGCGAAGGUGGUUGUUACUUGGAGCUCUUUGCCCAUUCUGUCUCCGUCUCAAACACAAACGUAAACGCAAACAUCUCAACCGCUGAUUGGAGAAUCGGUUUGGUUGCGUGGAGUCCUGUCACCAGCUGCAAAUUCUCUUUCCAUACAAUCAAGUCUCGUCUCCUGCGUGGAAAAGAGGUUUUGUCCGAGACAAGUCCGUCCUUGGAUGGUUUCGGUCGGGUUGUUACCACAGACAAGCUGACGGAUGGACCGGUCAUAAAUGUCGAUUUUAAAGGGGUUGUAACGCCGGGAAAUAUUAUUGGUGACGUGGUUAGGGGUUAUCGGGUAGAGAUUUCUACCGGAGUGGAUGUUGGAGAUGGUUUCUUGAUGGUGUUGUGCGGCGAUCUACCGGUGAAAUUUACGGCGGAUCCGGCGGGAAAUGUGAUUGGAUCGUUACUAGGGAAUAUGAAACGGUGUGACUAUGUAUACGAAGAAAACCUGAAUAUUCGUGUUUAG